AUGGCCAGCCCUGGCACCAAGGCGUCGUGGCUCUCGCAGCCGAGCGUGAAGAGCGUGCUGGUGUAUCGCAACGGGGACCCUUUCUUCCCGGGGCGCCGCAUUGUCAUCCACGAGAAGAAAGUGUCCAACUUUGAUGUGUUCCUGAAAGAGGUGACGGGCGGGGUGCAGGCGCCCUUUGGAGCGGUGCGAAACAUCUAUACCCCCCGGGGUGGGCAUCGUGUCCGGCAGCUGGACGAGCUCCAGAGCGGGGAGCAGUACGUGGCUGGUGGCAGGGAGGCCUUCAAGAAGCUCAACUAUUUGGACAUUGGAGAAACAAAGAAAAAACCUGCUGAAGUCAAUAAUGAGCAGUCAGCACUGGAAGAUGUCAAGCCAGUUACUCACAGUAGGAUCACUGUGUCAGCACGGUUUCGAAAGCCUCUCCAGGAGCCCUACACUAUUUUCCUGAUUGCUAAUGGAGACCUUAUUAGCCCUGCAGUGCGCCUCCUCAUUCCCAGGAAAACACUGAAUCACUGGGACCAUAUUCUUGAAAUGGUGACAGGAAAAGUUACCCUCAGAAGUGGAGCUGUUCACAGACUCUACACUGUAGAUGGAAAACUUGUUCAGAAUGGUUCAGACUUGGAGAAUGGGCAAAUUUAUGUUGCAGUGGGUAGAGAAAAGUUUAAGAAAUUGCCAUAUGGUGAUCUGCUGUCCAAAGCUACAAUGAGAAGGCCACAGGGUUCCAAAACCUCUGUACUACCUCCAAGUGUGGGAUCUCGAAAGUCUAAAGGCAGUGGAAAUGAUGGGCAGUCUAAGUCUACAAUUGGAUCUGGUGACCAGGGAGAACACAGUUCCUCGCCUCAGCUUCCCAAAAGAAAAGACAAAAAAAGCCAGAAUCCAGAGAGUUCUGUGUCCAGACGGCACUUUUCUAACCACUCUACAAAAGUAAAACAGACAGUAAAAGCUUCCCCAGGAAUCCUUCAGGAUAAUGGUGAAGAUAUUUACAAAGCCAGAGAAGAGGGGUCUGAAAUGUGGGGGGCAGUUGAAGUGCAAGAAGAUGAAGAUACUCUUGUGGAAGUUCCACUGGACCAGAGACCAGCAGAAACUGUAGAUGAAGAAGAAAAUGUAGAAGAGGAAGAUGACAGGGGAGAGGAGGCAUAUAAAGGAGAAUAUCCAGAAGUGAAUGGAGAGGAAAGUGGGAAAACUGUUAAAGAAAGAAUUGAAGUGGAAAAAAAUGAAAAAAAAUUAAAUGAAAAUUAUGAAGAUGAAGCAGGAGAAACAGAGAAUGUUGACCAAGCAGAGGAAAAGGAACUUAUCCAUUUAAAUGGCAAAAACAAUGAAGGAAAUGGUGAGGGAAUGGAGCAUUUGAACUACCAAGGUGAUCUUCAGCCUGAAGAAGAAAUAAAAGAGGAUUCUGGCAGUCAGAACCAGGUUGGUCCUGGUCUUGAAAAAGCAUCCACAAGUCCAAGGGUGACAAUCACCAGCCCACAAGAAAGUGAAAAGAACGACCAGAGCAAUGACUAUGCUGCAGUUGCAUAAAGAAGAAAAACGUCAUGAGCAGAAAAUGAAAAAGGAAAACACUUUAAAUAUAAAGCAUGUAAUUUUUUGUGAUUGCUAAGGAAGGAAGGUUGAGUAAUGAAUGGAGAGAUGAUGAUGCUCUAUGGACUGAUGAAAAACAAGCAUUUAUAUCUACUAGAAGAACAUAGAAUUAUUUUUACAGGGUGAGAUUUUCUGAUAGGAUUAAAGUGGGGGGGAAAUACAAGAGAACUUUAUAGUAGUAUUAGAAAUAAAUGAACUAUUCUGUGGUAUCAGAUAGUUAGCAGCAAUAGAACAACCACAAAAAUUACACUCUUCCAGGGAAAGGAAAAGAGACACACCCAAAUUCAAUGUCAAAACUUCUUUGUCAAUUUGUUCAUGAAAAGAAACUAUUUUUCACCUUUUAACUAGGACAUGUGUAGUUUUUCCUCUAAAAUUCCACAUGAUAGGUAUAAUUUCCAGGUAUAACAUUAGGACAUAACUAGAAUAUGUUCCUCACCUAAUGGAUUUAUGCUCACAGAAAAUGGUUUACUAUAAUGAGGGACCAGUUCAAUGUUAGUAAAUAGUCUAUUUUCAGUGCAUUAAAUAGAAUUAUUAGGUUUUGCAUGCAUAAGCAGCACUUAUUUAGCACUAUGAAUACAUGUGGACAGCUUGCAAUACUGCAGCUUGUUUCCAUUUAGAAGAGAAAAUUUUGUUGAUUGUCCUGCACUGAUUCACUAAUAGUGAAUUAUUGUCAUCAUGAACAAAAAAGCAAAGGAAGAGUACAUAGUAUAUUAGUUUAAAAUUUUGAAUUUGGAUGGAUUUGUAAUUCAGUGAAAGGGAAGCUUACUUUAUUAAUGAGAUAAAAAAAAAAAACCACACAUGCCUGGAUUCGGACUGAAAUUUCCAUGAAACCAUUGCUGUUGUUGGAGCCAUUUUAAUA